UUCCGGCGUGCCGGGCUCGCGGCUGGGGCCGUACCGCCGCCAUGGUGCGGGCGUUCGUGCUGCUGUCGCCGGGCGGGCCCGCCGGCCACGCCCCCUGCCGCGUGCUGUACGCGCGCACUUUCGGGACCCCCCCCGGCGCCGCCACCGGGGGCCCCCGGCAGCGCCUCCGCCGCAAGGAGCAGCUGCUGGUCGUGGCCAGGCAAGUGGCUUCCCAGUGUCAACUGCUUCAGGCAUCCUUGGGGCGCCCGUCCUCCCCACAGCUUCCCCAGCUACCCGAUGAGCUGAUGUCACUCCAGGAUGCUCCAGGGGGUCUUUUCCAGAUGCCUCCCGGAGACCCAUUCCCUGAGCGGGUGACAGUAGUCUGGUUAUCAGUGCUGGCGCUCGCCUUCGCCUUGGUUUGUGAGCCCCAAGAGAAUCUGUCCUUAGCUGAGAUCACCCUGCGGCGCCUGGCUCCCCGCCUGCUCCUCUCCCUGCGCCUCCUUGGCCCUGGCACUGACGUCCUGCUCCGUCCUGAUGCUGCUGAUGGCCUCCUGGACCGUCUCCUGCCCCAUGGGCAGAUGCUUUUUCUCAACGAACGUUUCCUCCAGGCAAUGGACCGAGAGCUGGGUCUCAAAGCAUCCCGCUGAGCCACAAAUGACAUUCCUGCCUACCACCCCCAGAUAUUUUUGAGGGAUGAGAGACAAGGGAGGGAUCUGAGAUGGUCACCAAGCCCCAGUGGGAUGGAUGAGAAACAUAGUUCAGGUAUAAAGAGCAACAACUCAGCUAAGAGCAGGGUUUUAAUCCAUUUAUCACCCCAAUGCCAUCAUGGGAGAGCUAAUAGCCAUCCCCAUAAAUCCACCUGGGGCUGGGACAGUGCCAAGUUCCUGUGCUGUUUUCCUGCCACGUGCACAUGACAGCAAGUGGAGGCUGCAUGUGGCUGUGAAUGAGGAACCCUGGGUUGUGGUUACCCCAGCUGGACACUGUGGGGUAGGCAGGUUUCCCUGGCGGGGGAAACAUGGAUCUGGGAUGGGACCUUGCCAGGGUACAUAGGGCAAGCAGGAGUGUGCAUCUGGCCAUGGGGCAUUGGGGUCUCUGUGUGGGGGAUUAAAUAAACAGGCAGUGGGGCAGGAUGUAGUGCCUGGCACAGCAGGGUGCCUGUCCCUAGGUGGUGCUGCUUGGGGCCAAGGAAUCUAUGACACCCUGGGAGGUGGCAGGAGCUGGCACCCACCUACCCACCUCUACAGGGUGCAGUGGGGAGCAGGGUCCUACCCUAGCAGUUUCUGGGUGCUGGGAAAUCCAGGGAGCCAGGCGCUGCUGUGCACAGCUCUUACGCCACUGUGCCAGGAACAGGCUGGGCCCUGCCACUCUGUGCAGAGGGACUGUCACAGGGCCAGACCCCAAAGUGCUUUCCCUUGUAGCUGCACCAAUAAAGCUGGAGCACCUGAGGAGGGAUGCUGGGCACUGGGCUUCA